AUAGAUGAGGCGCUAGUAGUUAAUGUGAAAAAAGAAGAGAAAUUAAAAUGUUUAAUAGGUUAACCUAAACAGAUACUUUUUGAAUACCUUAUUAUCUCAAAAUUUAGAUAUAAUUAACAACUCAAUAGUUUUUCAAUUAAUGUAUGCAGAAAAAUCGAAAAGUUUAACAGCGAAAUGGAAAAAGUCUAUGAUGUUAAAGGAUUCCGUGCUACUGAAAAUUUCUCCACUGCAGAGUACUUCAAAAAAUUUGGUAAAGUGUGUCCAGCAGAGAAAACAACAACGAUUGGAAAAUUCUUUGAGUUAAUGGGUAAUAUUGAUUUAAGUCAAUUUGGAAUUGACUUCACUCAACUAGAAAUAAUGUGCGAUGUUGAAAAUCUUAGAUUGCCAAACGAACCUGUACAUAUGCCAAUUGAUAUUCCAGAAAAAUUAUGCACUCAAACAAAAUUACCAGAUAUUUUUCCUAUAAAUAAAGAAGCAAGACAUUUGAAUAUGAUAAGAACAAAAGAGGCUUUAGACUCAAUAAGAACUGCUCCAGAUUUCAAAUUUGGAGGUAAAAGAUAUAUAAGAGCAAAUGUAGCUGAAACGAGGAACACAGAUGAUAAUCAAGAUAUUUGUCCCGGUGAUGAUUUUAUUUAUUCAAUUAUAAUUUACAAGCCUUGUAGUAUAUAUCGAGGUCCGAAAAAUUCAGGAGAAAAGUUGAGAUUUGGAUUCGAAAUUGAAGCACUGGGAAGAAAUGUUUUAUCAGAUGUGAUUGAUAUAAUUGACUGUGAAAGUAAUUUUAGGGUUGUUAAAGAAGUAGAAAAUACUAACGCAGAGGUAUCAGAUUUUAAGGAUGCUAAGAAAAAAUAUCCUUCACAAACUGUCUUUAUCGACGGAGUAUUUUACAAUGAUACUAGAAUUCUAGAAGCUAUUGACUUGUCACCAAAAAUUAUAAAAUGGGCCAAGGAAAAAGAUAUCGGAAAUUUUACCACUGCCAAAAUGCAGGAGGUGACUCUUUCAUCAUUGAAACCACGUUUCGGUUAUCCAUACGUCUAUAUCCAUCAAGGUGAUUGUGAGCAUAUUUUCGUAUUUAGCGAUGCUCGAUUAAUACAAACAGAAGAUUGUCUCACAAGUAACAAAUAUCCAAAAAUCACUUCCUUCAGUAGAACAGUCAACAUUAUGUGCUUCAUUUGUGGAUCAAGACCAUCUAUGUGGAUGGUUAAUAAAUGCCAAUUAUUUCCACAAGAAAAAAUUUUCACCUGUACAGAAUGCUGUGAUUCAUAUUUAUAUUUAAAUAAUAAUAAGGUUACAGAUUUUAAGCUAUUUCCAUUUUUUCAACAAAAAUGAGUUUGAAUUCAAUUUGAUACUACUUAUAAGCUAUAAAAUAUAUUUAUUUUUUGUUCUUCUUUGAUAUUAUGAAUAACUGUAAUACUUAAGAAAACAUUCAACCAUCUCUAAUAAACAAUUUGGCUUUUUUAAAAA